AUCGGGACUAUAUGGAGGAUGGUCCAAUAAUUCCACGUUUUCUUCCGUUAAAUACUGCCUUUUUUUUGGGCUGUGUGCGAGCUUGCAUUGUCUUGGUGGAGGAUGAUUCUCCCUUCGGGGUUGACCUUGGAACACCCAAACAGCCACUGUCGUUUAUGUUCUGGUUCAUAAUAGUAAAUCCACGAUUCAUCACCACUAACAAUGCUGUACUCAUUUUUUGAGUUUCCGG